GAACACCACACGUGGAUGCGCAUGGUGUCAAGAUGGGGCUUUUCAAGUGCCCUGGUCGCUCAAGGUCCCUAGAAGGAGCGCGAACAAUUUAGCAGAAGUCUAGUUGUUUGACAGAAAAAAUCCUGUGUCAAAAAAGCGAAAACGUCGAAAAACCUACUGAAAAAAUAACUGUAGUUGUUAUCGCAUAGUCUUUGACUCGUCGAGCUCGAGACGUACUAGAAAAAGUUUCUAGCAUGUACAAGAAGUUCUACGAGAGCAUCGUCACUUUUCUAGUACGCACAAGAAGUUCUACGAGAGCAUCGUCACUUUCAUCUCGUGAAGUUAGUUCGUCGAUAUGAAUUAGAUGGCACUCAAAUAAGCUCCCUACGAUAAAAAGGUUCUGUCAAUUGAGUGGGACGAGGGCCGAUCUGACAAGAGCGACGAGAGACCGAAAGCAAUCGUAGUAAAGUAAGUAAAGCGAAAGUUUUCGGUUACGUGAAAAAUAUCGUUCGUUUCUGUGGUUGAUGAAUCAUACGAAACGUCGUUGCUAGUGAAAUUCUUGCAAUCAUCCCAAUUAUCCCAAUCAUCUUUUAUCAAUUGUCCCAAAUAAAGUAGGAGAAACCGAGCAUUCGCUGAAAGCAAAGAGUAAACAAGAUGUACCAAGUACAAAUGAGGUACCAAGUAGUACCUAGUGACUGAAGAAGUCACUACAUCACCAAUCUGAUAUUCAUAUUUUUUUACAACAUUACAACUACCUUUGUCUACGUGCGACUGACUACACGUAGAAAGAAGAAGCUCGCUGUUGGAGGACCAAGAAAGAUGGUUUCUCGUAAGGAGAAGGCCUCCAAGAAGAAGGCCUCCAAGACAGACGGUCCGAAGGUCGGGGACCAUGUCGCCGACAAUGGAGAAGGUCCCCGCCGAACUCGUAGUUCUCCAUUGAGCGGUAAACAAGCCGAGGGAGCGAGUCCUGAGAGCUCGUCAGAUACUGAGUCGGAGACUGAGAUUAUGAUAAAAAGUGUGCACAAUCGACGUGAUACAACUGUCUCAUGAACUCUAUAACAUUGUCUCCAACGAAUCUCCUACGGAUUAUAUUAAUCAGGGUAAAACGAGAACAUGAUUAGCCUCUUUCUAAUCACGCAAGCGCAUUCGUGACCAUUCCCAAGCGGACCGAAUCCAGAUUUUUGGGAUCAAUGUGGCAAAAGGUACCACUGACUUGAUUUCUAUUGAAUUUACCAGCUCCAAUAUGAAAAAAAAUCAAAAUCUUUGAAUUUCAUUUCAGGCAGUAACCGCCUCACUUUUCCUUGUCUUAUUCCUAUGUAUUGAUUCCCUUCAAGCAUCAAACGGACUUCAGGUGGCUCUUUUGGUCGUGCUUCUAAUUCUGGGCUCCGGGAUGUACUACAUUUACGGGUCGUACUAUUAUACCGUCGUAAGGGGUUACACGUAGAAGAGUCUACCGAGAAGUAGGAACUCAGUUUCCACGUAGGAUGAAUUUAGUUUCCAGUACGUAGGAAGAAAAAGCUCAACGACUAGUUAUGCCUAUACGCUCACCUUGUCGCAGGUGAGCCCACUCCUAUGUAUCCUAUCCUAAACAGUGGCUCCUCUACCUCUAGGAAGAUCUUCUAGCGCUAUUAUUAAGGCUCAGCUUUCAAUGGUCAUCGGGGUUGGUCUACCUAAUGAUGCAAACUAACAGUGGUUUCUCUACCUCUAGGAAGAACUUCUAGUGCUAUUACGUUCUUUGAUAUAUACCGCUUCUAAUCCAUCGGGCCUUUAUUUUUGGUGACGCUGGAUGCUUGGUCGGUGAUCGAUCCGGUUACGUGUUUUCUGGAGAACGGCUUAAGACUGGGUUACAAAUACAUAACGCAGGCUCUGCCCUAUCGGCGUUGCUAGCACUAGCCACAAAAGAAUGACGCUCUUCCCUUUCGGAUAGGCAUGGCACUACAAAAAUAAAGACGCAAGAGCUUGCAACCGAAUUGCAGCAGCUUUGAUCAUUUUUUAUUUUGAUUUACCCUGUUUCGAGGCUGCUUACCUCUCUUGAUAAUGUAUCCUGAUCUGAUAAAUAAUCCUAAGCAAAAAUGUAUAUUUUCAAGCCCAUGUACUUCACGCCUCUAAUCCUCACCCCUCGAAUCCUCUAAUCCUUUUCCUAAGAACUCUUUGAUCUUAGUCAUGUUCCUACACGAACCCUUCAUCCCUCUAAUGCUUAACUCAAGUUGUGGUGAUGAGGAGAAGGGAGAUACUAAAUUAGACGAGAUCGACGAGGACGCGGCUUUCGAUGAGGCUCCUCCAAACGCUUUAAGGCUCUUGAUCAUUUCAUAGACCUACGAUAGAAAAAUAUAAAAAAGGACACAUUGACAUUCUUCAAAAUUUCUCCGAGGAAGACAGAAGUCAGUGUCCUCUUCAAGUCCUGAAUCUGCGAUUGGUUUAGGUUCUAUUAUCGAACUUCCUAGUCGAGUACAUCGUUUUCAUCGUCUCGAAUUCCGAAAGGGAAAUCUAGUAAAAAGAGGAGUUUUACUUCGAUUGACUGAUCAUGUGAUCAAGUACAAAUAUCAUAAUCUUAAUCAUAUCCGAGGAAGAUAUAAGUCAGUGUCCUCUUUAAUUCCUGAAUCUUCAACAGGUUAUUUAUUUGGAAGUCAAUGUGGAUUUGAAUUUAUCGCACGCUCUAAAUUAUGCCACGCCGAAGGGGAAAGCCAAAGGAGGUGCAAAACAGCCAGGGGUAUCUAAUGGAGAGGCUGACAUGGAGGAGACGAAGGUCGAGAAUUCGAAGAGCACGGACAAGAACGACGGCAGCAGGAGGAACGUCGAAGAAGAGGAAAAGGGAAAGCUACAGCCGGCGGGUGGCAAAGAUGAUACGGACAAGAGCGAGAGUACUAAUUUCAUGAAUUUUUGUAACUUCAUCUUCAUCUUUCUGAUUUUUUUGUGGGAGCCCUUGUUUCCCUUCGGCUCGCUGGGGAAUCUAUCACUUGCGAGAGAUUACUUGUUGGGAAACCUGCCCUUCCCAUCCGUGAUUGUUGUGAUGAAUUUGAAUUUUCUAUUGUUUCCGGUGACAUGGAUUAGCAUGGGUCUAGCAACGUUUUGUCAUCCGUAGAGAAGUAGCUCUGUUCUCCGAUGGAUUGUUCAGUUCAUAUCCAUGCCCACUCCGUGUUUUUUUUCGAGAUUUCAUCUCAUUUACUUUUUUUUCAGAUGUUGACAAUGUUAGAGCACACCAAAUAGUGUCCCUCGAGCUAUGCCGAGGCCUUGUCUUUUCCCUGUCUCGUAACCUUGGAAGUUCACUCAUAACGGCUGAAGCAUGCAUGGCCUUGCUCCUGUGUUCAUCAUCAGGACAGGGGCCCCCGUGCUGUUAGUCUUUGGGGAUCGGGGUCGGACGAGCUUCCUCGGGUCUUGUUGAUCUUGAUCCUGGGCCAGAUCUAGUUUAUUUAUGAUCUUCAUCCUUACAGACAAUCCGCCAAAGCCAAAGCGGAAAAAGGAGAGGCACGAGGAAGUGACGCCGGUUCCGAAGGAGACAUCGCGUUAUGGCUUUGUUUUGUUAUCUUGCCCGCAACAAACUUCGGGACUUCCUUGGGCUUUUGUGUAAUGCAGCUAUGUACGUUGUUUUCAUCUUGAAAAGAAGGAAGAGAAGAGCUGAAAAGCAAAAAACAAACUGUCCCUCGUCAAUAAGCUCGAUCUGAUCAAAGUGUUACUUUUGCCCGAUUGCUCCUCUAAGACCACAAGGUGUUUCAUCGACAUUGCUCUAGUACGAAGGUGAACAAGGGCGCAGAGAAGUUGACGGACCCAGAGUGCAGCGGAAAAACAGUAUGGGCUCUUAAGGCGAACAGGAGUUGUUGUUUCCUCGAAUCCAAUCGAAUCAAUGGUUGAUUGUUUAUUCGUGAUAUUUUUAUAAGUAAGGGUCGAACCUGAAGUAUCUAUAUGACCAUGACCAUAGCACACAUAUAUCUUUCUCUUUGCCUUUCGCUCUGUCAGUUUCUCGAGUGAUAGACGAGUCGCGGCAAGGUGCACCGAAGAGCGCAAGCACUCUUUUGUAAGAGCAGCUCAGCUUUUUAACGUCAUCGAUCUUGCGGACACAACCUUGGACUAUAAUCUAUCUAGCAAACAUUUUUUCACGAAAUACAGAGAACACAAUGGCCGUCGCGCACUCACUAGUAUUUGGCUACAGGUGGUAUUGUAGACGCGUCGCUGCACUAGCGUUUCUUGAGAUGAGUCGCGAUUAAAAUUAGAAUUACAUGAAGAACAACAGAUGAAAAGCAGUAGUUUCAUACCGUUCAAUCAUACAUCGGAAUGUUGUAUGCGCAACACCGGCGAGCAUCUGUAAUAAAGCUGCAAAUGCGUAAUAAAUAUAUCAAAGGUUUUUUAUCGUGAAUCCCACCUUCCUAACAAGUAUUUCGUCCGGAUUGUUCCACCUGGAAAUCUGAGAAAAAUCAAUCAAGAAAUAUUUCUUGUUAAGCCAAACUUCUCUAAUGCACAAUGCAAAUAUUUUGACCUGGAAGGGGACACGCACGAGGAUGGAGAGUGUCGGCAGAUAUCAUGGAGAAAGAGUCGCAUCACUGUCCGGGAUUUGGUACACUGCAGUUGUAGGCCUCACGGCAACAAUUAGGAUGAAUAAGUACGCCUGACAGAGUAAACGACGAGGAACUCAAUGUAAGACGUACUUAAGUUGGAGGAACGGAGUGGCCUACAUCACAGUGGAGGUUGUGAUGUUGAUCAUAUAGAGGAAGGACGAAUGAGAUCACAAGCACAACUAUCUUCAGCAUGAAGAACAGCAACAGAUCUGCAGACACUUAUAAUACAGCAUAAACAUAAUCAUAAAUGCAAAUGAGAAGUCAAUCUAUCCAUCACGGACAAUGUACUUAAGUGUGAAAGAAACAAAACUGAAUUAUACUUGAUUCGCCAUAACAAUGACCACAGGAUUAUUUUUACCAGUUAGCAAGCGUGGCAAGAACACAAACACUUCUAUCAUUUUAACGGUUCAAGAAGUGUAUAAUUUUUUCGCAGGAGCAUAAAUAUAUUUCCCAAGUUAGAAGUGUCGCGGGUAGCAUUCCUGUCGCGUUUACUGAAAUUGAAUUCAAUCAACCUAUUCUCGCCACCAGAGGUAGAAGAUGACCACCAGAGAUGCAUGAUGAUGACCAAUCUUAAAAUGGCGACCGCACUCAUGAACAAUGAAUAGAAGGAACGCGGAAGAACACGAUCAGCUGAGCUACAACAGUGUUUCUAUGUCAACCCAAUCCCUACAACAGUGCGUGGAUGUCAACGCAAUCCUUACCCCAGAUUCAGUUUGUAAACCCAAUCCUCUACUACUUCUAACCUCCCAGAUUCUUCCAAGGUGUCUCCUACGACCAUUUUCAGGAGAGUAGUUGUUGAUGAAAUUCAUAUCAUUCAUGACCACAAUUACUAAUUUCUGGACAUCUUUAAUGAUGUCCAUCUAAUAGACAAGAGCUGCAAAACAACAGCAAGGAAAAGUUGUUCACAAAAAGCUGACUGUUCGAGAAAAACUGUUGUGCAAUAUAUGGAAAGCUGUUUUUCAGGGCAGAAAAGCUGUUUUUCGUAGUGCUUGGCCCAAAGCCUAGGGGAUUGCGGCAGACCAUAUAAAGCACGGACUAGCUUUCUUAUGCCGGUAUCAUUUUCCUCACGCCAGAUUGGAGGCAGACGC